AUGCCUUUGCGAAAAGCCCUCAAGUUUCCUCGCCCAAGCCUCGAAUCCCAGUGCACGCACACCACCAUGACGCGGGUAUAUGGAGCAGCAAAUAUCUGCUGCGCUUGCCACCGCCCGGGUUCUUUCGGCUGGGUAUAUCAGUGCACUCAGGACCAAGAGGGCAUCAUUGACGACGCCUUCGCCCAGGGCGAUCUUGGCAGCACCGCUCGCAAGGAAUGUCUCUACCGCAUCUGCGCCCGUUGCCGACCGAGCUGCGUCGACCGCGCCUACAUCAGCAUGAACGCCGUCGCCGAUGGGCAAUUUCCACCCACCGCUGCCACGGGCUUUAGCUUCCACUCCAUUGCCGGUCGUCCGGUCACAGAUGCUCGUCUCGUCAAAACCAUUGGCCAACGGCCCGUCCCUUCCGACACACCCGACAGCUCGCCACGCCUCUCGUGGCUCAAAUCGAGUCUCUGCCUCAUGGACCUUCUGGAGCGACAGAUUGUUUGCGGUGGUCAUCUUUCAUCAGCCCGAGACAGUCUAUCUGACGAAGCGCCUUGUUCCGUCAGUGAGCCGCCUCCAUGCCCGGGAACGCUGACGCGCUCGCCUCCUUGUAACAACUUGGAGGCCAUUUCGCAGCUGCUGCCCGAGGACCCUCCGGUAUCACCGAUCCUCGGCGUACACACACGCGGUAAUACAGACUCAAGCUACACCAAUUUGCGUCUCGGUGCGGGCAAUGGCUUUGAGCGUGGCAUUUCCGACAUGAUUACGGCAGCGUAA